UCCUGCACCAUCAUAUCACCACUCACCAUCUGUACAUUCGAUAAGCUCACACGCCUCUCAGGAUCUCCAGCUUUCAGCACGUCGUCGUAAUACAGGGCCCACGUAAUGUCGCUACCUGCAAAUCCUACCACAAUGCAUGUCAGAAGGGUCACUCUUACCUCGAAGAAGAACUGGUGGAUGGGUACGUGCGCCCGGCCCUACCGCUCCGCCUGUCCACUCUAAGGUGCGCUGUAAUUCUCGUAAACAGUCGAGCUGGACGAGGAUGAGCCUCAGAGGUCUUCAUCGGCUGGGCCCCAGCAGCAGGAUGCACAGCAAGAUUGGUCGAGAAACGAGCGUACUGCGAGUCCGAAGGUGAACGACUCUCGGCCCCUACUAGAGCAACGCGAGCUUUCGAGCGGCUCUCAGACGCAUCGACCAGCAUAUCCUCAUCGCUCAACUACGCGCACAUACCAUAGCACAUCGAUGACGCCGCACGCGUCAACAGCCGUGACAAGCAUCUUCCAUCCUCCCUCUCAUCCUUCAUCUUUAUUCUCUUUCCCCACCCCCACCUCGUAUUCUGCACCCCCUCAUCCCACGCAGAAUCUCCUGCCUUUUGCGACCGGAAGUGCCUCCGAGCUGUUCAAAUGUGUGGUAAAGAAGCCCAAUGUCGUCCAGAUGGAGAUAAAUGGCGAGAUGCAGAGCAACACUCGGGACGUGAGCGUUCAGUUCCUCGCGGAAUUGCGCGUUUACACAACUCUCACUCGGCAUCGCAACAUAUGCGCGUUUCUUGGCGCGUUAGAGAACGUUGGUAUGGUCCUCGAAUUUAUCGACGGACGGACCCUCUGGGACGUCAUCAAAGAGUCUACCUCCCCAGAUACCAAGGCCCCGCUUACUCGCGUGAAGAAGAUCGAUUUUCACAACCAGCUUCUCGAUGGCCUCACGCACUUGCACUCGUUCGGGCUGAGCCACGGCGAUCUCUCCCUUCUCAACAUCGAAGUGACGCUGUCUAGCGAUACAAUCAAGCUCCUCGACUUCGGUCGGUCGGUAUCUGCAGAGUCUGUCUUCGUGUCGCCGGACGACGACCUUCAGUCUCCACCUUACAUUUCGUCUCCCCCUUCGACGCCGCGUGCCCCGCCCGUCAACUCACGCUUUGCGCAGCGGCAAUCGAGUGUGCCCGCAUUUCCGCCGCCACCGUACGCACUGCAGCCGACACACAAUGGCCGCCGUAUCGAGCAGAUCCACCCUGGCACGCGGCCGUUCUCAGCUCCAGAAGUGCUCCGCGGCGAAUGUGCCGAUCCAUUGCUCGCGGACGCGUACAGCUUUGGCAUGAUCCUCGCUUGUCUGGACCUGCAGAAGCACGUCGACGUGCCGCCAUGGGAACAACGCAAGGACAAGCUGCCGAAGGGCUUGUUCGAAAGCCUUGGGAUAUUCCGCGGCCAGUGCCAGAAGUACCUGCAAAGGGUCGACGAACGCUGCAGGGUGCUAAAGGAGGACGCUAUCGAUCCGAAUCGAAUGGAAGAUGUCGAGAUGAAAGAUUGUGCUUGAGCAGCGUGCCGCGUCAAUGUCAAUGAGAAUGAAAGUAAGAAUGCAUAACAUACCCGCAAUCGCAUUGCAUGUACUACCGCUCCGUGUAACAUAGGGUUCGCCACCGUUCAAUCAAGAUGCGUUGUCCCAUCCUGGAUCCGUACGCGCGUAAAUUGUGAGGGAGUUGUCUACCGCUCGGAGUGCGGCUGUAUCACAAGCAAUCGAGAUCUUGCCCUAUCCACAGCUCGAUUGGCAGUGCUCUCGGCGCUUUACUGAAACAGCAGCGCGUCAUACUGAUAGGACCCAACCUUCAUGGAAGAAGACCUGACCGCCGAUAAUCGACGCCUACUUUGCGGACAUCCCGCGAACCGUGCGAUAAACAAGCCCGGACAAUGAUGUGGGCAGUGGAAAGGCGCAGUGGAGGAGUCAGGCUAUACGACGAAAACAGGUUGACUUAUGAAGUCUCUAACAGGUGUUUAGGCGGCAGCC